AUAUCAUAAGAGUGGCGUAAAUACCCAAACUUAUAUGAAGGGUAUUAAAGAAAAGCAAAAAGUAAAUAAACGUCAUGAAGAAUUUGAUCUUUUAUCUCUUUUGUUACGAUUGAUCCAAAUAGAAAAAGUCAUGCAUGGGACUUUAUGACAAUAGUAAAGCAAACAGGUAAGAACUGAUGUUGUCAUCGUAUUGUAGCACGGUGACUUUAUAGGUAGCACACACAUAUUUUCCCUCGACCAAUGGGCGAGUGGUAGUUGCACGCAGGCGCACUGGGACGCUGUUGGUCCACAUGACCUCUCUCAGUCACAACAAUGUGGAGCGUGUGUCUGCAGAGGAGAAGUUUCCACUGGAGUCUGAGUCUCAUGAAGAAGCAGAAAGGAGCGCCUUCAAGCUGCUGGAGAUCGACGACAAGUUCCGGCUGCUGCAGCCCGGAGACACCGUGGUGGACUGCGGAGCUGCGCCCGGAGCCUGGAGCCAGGUGGUUGUCCAGAGGGUCAACUCAGCCGGGACAGAUCCAGAGUUACCUUGUGGUACCCUUAUUGGUAUUGACCUGCUCAACAUACCUUCUCUGGACGGUGCCCACUUCCUGUCCAGUCACGAUGUCACGGAGCCCUCCACACACAGCAAGCUGCAGGAGCUGCUCCCCAGGGGCCGAGCUCACGUCAUCCUGAGCGACAUGGCGCCAAACGCCUGUGGUUUCCGAGAGAUGGACCACGAGAGACUCAUCAUGAUGUGUUUGUCUCUGACAGACUUGGCUGAGAAGAUCCUACACCCGGGGGGCUCUCUGCUGUGUAAAUACUGGGACGGGAUCCUCGCUCAGAGACUUCAAGACAAGCUCCUGAGUGUGUUUGGGAGCGUUCGGACUUUAAAGCCAAACGCCAGCAGAAAGGACUCGGCUGAGAGAUAUUUCCUCGCUAGGAUGUACAGAAAGCCGGUGAAAUGAGGACAUCCGUCUUUUUUUCUUCUUUUGAACGCAAACAUUUGGUCAAUGUCUAUGUUCUGUUGAGAUUCACCGAAGUGCCCACUGUGUUUUCUGAACGAGGAGAAGCACUUCAUAGCUUUGAUCAAAAGGUGGCACUGUUGAGGCAUCAGUGAGGCUCCCGGCUGCCUCACAUGCUCCUGGUGCCGAUUUUUACCACAGCAAACUUAACACAGUAGCAUCAGUGAAUCAGUAAUAUGUGAACCUAUGCAAGAAUCAUCAGUUUGAUCGUCCUCGGGAGCCCAAUGCUGGAGUUUCUCUGAAGUUUAUUGUUUGCCCCACAGUGUUCGCUCUACACACUGGCUUUGCUAUUUGCUCUGUUCCAGAAAGUCAUUUGCAGGAGCUGCCUGUGCUGCCAGCCGUGUAGAAAUAUGUAAUCGUUCUCUCAUUGAGAGUUUAUGAAGGGAAUACCUAAUGCAUCAGAGUCACAUACAGUGUGAUUAAUGGGGAGUGGGGUGAUGCCGCAGCUUGGCACGCUGCAAGCGUCGUUGAGCUGCGCGCCCCGACAGAGGGGAUGGGGCCAUUUCCUCCAAAACAUUUUCAGGCCAGUAAAGAGAUCCUCUUAUAUGAUUCUUCUUUAAAUCCCUGCACUGACCAUAAAACUAUUUAUUUGUUUCUGGGAUUUCUUCCUGAGUUUAUAACCACUGGUGAUAAAUUGAAAAAUUAUGUUUCUGUCAGAGCUACAUUAUAAAAGUCUUAUUUUUGAUGUCAAAGUAAAGUUUAUGGAGAUUAAAAGUAAAGACCUUGCUGAUAUAACACUGUC